AUGAGACAUUUAUCUAAACGUAAAAAACUCGUCACUGCGGACGAAGAUGCUGCAUCAACCCGAGAGCUCGCAGACAACAACAGCUGCUCAAGAUGCUGUAUCUGCUCCAUGCAGCCGAAAGGGGAUUUACUUGAACUUUCUACGAUUGUAGAAAGCAGUAACUGUUUAACAAUUGCCGCAAUCGUCGAACAUGUGGCCGGUAUUAAGGUAAAACAUCUUCAAAAAAGCAUUUGCAGUGGUUGCUGGGCGAAAAUUCAAGCAGCAUACUCGAUACAAAAGGAAAUCCGAGGCUCUAAAUGUAUAGAACAACAGGACGAUUAUGAGAGUGAUGAACAAGACGUGGAGAAUGGUGAUGUAGUGGUUAAAGAGGAAGACCAGAUUAGGGACACUGAUGAUGCCAAUGACGAGAUAAAUUUCGAGAACCAGGAAGUAGUUGUGUUCAAGAAAGAAUACCACGACUGCAAUGGUCAUUUGGACGGGUCAGAACAACAUGAAAGUGAAUAUGUGAUCGAAUAUCUCGAGGAUCCCCUGCAAGAGGAGCAUGCGGAGGAAGAGCCAGACGACGAUGAACAACAGUCCACAACUGGCAGUAAUUUAGAUAUUGUGAUUGAAAUAUCAGCUGAACAGCUGCGGCAACAUGAAGAGAUCAACGCAGAACGUAGUAAAGUAACGCGCCAGUUUAAAAUGCCCAAUGCUGCGACGAUCGUUAGUUCUGAACUGAACGAUCACUACCGCGUACUUGAGGUGUCUGGUGAACGUUGCUGUGGUUGCAGUUUCGUUGCCCAAACGCGCAAAGAACUGCUACAGCACUCGGAAACCGUGCAUUGCGUUGAAAUUAAUGACCACGGUGACUAUUGUCCAAUUUGUUUCUACAAAUUUGCGACCGAUCAACAGCUCGAACGACACAUCCAAGAGUUUAAGCUGAGCAAGAUGUUCGUCUGCCUACGCUGCAACUAUUUCUUUAACCUACGUUCCCAACUGUUUAAGCAUCUUCAGAGUUGUAGGGAAGAUAUUGGAAACAUGUCACCGAUUUUAAGUGAUGAAGCAGAAAACAAUGAAGUAUCCAUCGAAACAAUCCAGGAGGAACAUGAUGAGUAUGGAGAAUAUUAUUUGCAAACUGGAACGGACAUAGCGGAGCCCUACGACGAACCCGAAAUGAACGGCGAUCUGCAAAACGCAAAGGAUCCUCGAGUCAUGCACCGCUACAAAGCGCUUUUCGAGGAGAUAUUAUCGGACGAGAAGUUAUCAAGCCCACUGACCGAAGCGGAACUGAACGUGCAGGAUACGCAAAUAGCUGCUCUGCAUGUUUUCGACACAUUCAAGUACGUUCGGCUUCGGGGAUUUAGAUGUUGCGGUUGUUCUUAUACCUGCUUUUCGAGUUCACUUUUGGUAGAGCACAGAAAAACAAGUCAUCCGAUGGAUGGCAAUGCCGUUUCCGACCGAUCGUGCGGAUUGUGUUGGGCAAAGUUCCCCAACGAAAAAGAGCUGGUGCAGCAUUGGUGCUUCUUCACCACUAAACAGCUAUUCUUCUGCACGGUGUGUGAUGAAACCUUCCUUAACAAAGAAAGCUUGCGGCAACAUCAGCGACACAAUAAACGGCAUCGGGAACGGGAGAGCCACCAAUUCCAGCAGGCGGGAAUCGAAAUAGUAGGAUCGGAAGCAUUUGUGGAAAUAGACCUACCAGCCGUUGUCGAUGAGCUGGGCAAACUGUUGUCGGAAAAGGGCACUUACCGAACGAAAGUGAUACCAAUGCCGGAUGAUCGGUUCAUUAAGACCAAACAGGAGUACAACAACUACAGCACUCUCACCGUGCAGGGAGAAUAUUGCUGUGGGUGUGCGAAAUUCUUCGAUACAAUUGCUGACUUACGGUUACAUUGCAAAGCAGAGCACUAUUUGCCACUGAGUUCACAUGCGCGAGUUUUUGGUCAUCAGUGCGAGUUCUGCUACGCCGUGUUCGAUUUCGAACGGGGACUUUUUAUGCACAAUGCUAUCCGGCGCGCCAAGAUAAAGAUGCUGUUUGUCUGCAAGCUGUGCGGGAUGCUCUUUUCGAAGAAAUUUUGUCUAGCGCGUCACAUGCAAUCGGCACCGAACCAUCUGUCAAGAUUAAUUGUCGAUGCCAAUGCGAAUCGUACCGGCGAGGGUGACGAACGGGAAGAAGAUUCGGAGCCAUCUAGCAGCGUGCCCGCCGAGUCGGUUGAAUCCGAUCCACGUGUUAUGGAAGCGUUGCAACUACACCGAUCGGUUGAAGAAACGGGACUGGAGAAGGUUGGGCAUCUUGUGUGGUAUCACUGUUGCUUCACAAAGUGCGCGGAAACGUUUACGAACGAAGAGGCACUGUUGGAACAUGCUCGGGAGGAGCACAAUGGACAACGGCGGGAAAACGAAUUAGAACGAAAGCAGGACACGAACGUGUGUCCCGCCUGCUGCAAACCAUUCCAAACCAUUGCCAAAUUGAUGUGGCAUCGAGUGAAACGCUUUGUGCCUCGGAAGUACCCUUGCAAACAGUGUGAUAAAACAUUCAACAAUUGGCUAAAGUUAAAGAUGCAUGUGGAGCUUGAUCACAGCGAAACUCCACCCUCCUUCCCGUGCCCGGAGUGUGACAAAACGUUCGUAAUACGGUCGAGAUUGAAGGCUCACCAAAAAAUACACAGUGCCCGGAAAGAUCACACUUGUGAUGUUUGCGGCAGUUCGUUCGUUAAUAAGGGAUUGUUGAAACGCCAUCGCAGAUCACUGCACUCGACCGAUCUACUGUUUGAAUGUAAACUUUGCUCGAAAAAAUUUGCGGUGGUGGAAAAGCUGAAAAUUCACCAACGCGUUCAUACCGGCGAACGGCCGUUUGAGUGUUCAUUCUGUCCGCGUACGUUUCUACAUUUUUCCGAUCGUAAGCGACAUGAAAUGGCCGCCCAUACUGGAGAGAGACCAUUUAAAUGUAAGCUCUGCCCGGCGUCAUACAUUCGCAACAGGGAACUAAAUCUGCACAUGCAAAAACACAAAGUAGAUGGUCACGGGAAAAAGCUCAUUAAACAAUAG